AUGGUGAAGGUUCCGAGACUUGCUGAUGGAGAGAAGAUUCCUUCUUUUGGUUUUAUUUAUGGAGAGCUCUUAGUAGCUAAAAAAUCUAUCAAAGAAGCUACUGAUCAAUUGGAGAAGAACUACCAACCUAUCUUUAGGAUCAUUGAUGAGAAGAUGAAAGGUAGGUUGGAUUCUCCGUUUCAUAUGGCUGCUUACUUCCUCAAUCCAUUUUACUUCUACAAAGACCCCAAUAUUCAGUGUGAUUUGGAGGUUAUGGAUGGAUUCAUCUUCUGUGUGGAGACAUUUUAUCAUGGUGAUUUUGAAAAGAAAGAUGCAGUUGCCAAUCGUGAAGUUCAUCUAUACAAGAGUAGAAGAAAUUGGGGGUCUACAUAUGGAUGUGCUACACGAUAUUUGCAAAAGUUAGCAACACGGAUCCUUGCUUUGACAUCUAGUUCUUCUGGCUGUAAAAGAAACUGGAGCAGUUUCGAAGUGAUAUACACAAAAAAAAGAAAUAGGCUAGAUGUUAAUAGGCUAAACAGUCUAGUCUAUCUCCAAUUCAAUGCAAGAUUGUUUAACAAGCUGAAAAAGAUAAGACAAAGCAAUGUUGAUGUCAUUUUUAUGAUGGUAAUGAAGACACUGUUGGAGAUUGGCUUGUGGAGCAUGUAG